AAUGACGCCGAAGCGGACGCGUCAUCUCCAGGCGCCUGACAAAGCGGCGGGGACGGUUCUCGCGCACGUUGGUGUUUUUAUGAAUUAGCUGCAGACGCUUCAACUUCAUCCUCAUCGUCAGUUUGAUCAGAAAUGUCUGUGACCGAGAUGUUCAGCUAUAUCCAGGGCUUCCUGAGCGCCGACCAGGACAUCAGAGAGGAUAUCCGUAAGGUGGUUCAGAUAUUGGAGCAGACUGCUAGAGAAAUACUAACAGUACUCCAAAGUGUCCACCAGCCAUCUGGAUUCAAAGAAAUUCCUAGUAAAUGUGCAAAGGCACGUGAGUUGUUCUGCACAGUCAGGACACAAAUUGCAGACCUCAAAACAAAAUUUCCGGUGGAGCAGUAUUACAGGUUCCAUGAACACUGGCGGUUUGUCCUACAGCGCUUGGCUUUCUUAGCAGCCUUUGUUGUCUACCUGGAGAGUGAAACCCUUGUGACUCGGGAGGAGGUGGCUCAGAUACUUGGCAUUGAGGUGGUGCGAGAGAGAGGCUUUCAUCUGGAUGUGGAGGACUACCUGGCAGGUGUGCUAAUCAUGGCUAGUGAACUGUCAAGGCUGGCAGUAAACAGCGUCACAGCAGGAGACUACAACCGGCCGCUUCGCAUCUCCAACUUCAUCAAUGAGCUGGACUCGGGCUUUCGCCUGCUCAAUCUGAAGAAUGACCCGUUGCGGAAGCGCUACGACGGUCUCAAGUACGAUGUGAAGAAGAUCGAGGAGGUGGUGUACGACUUGUCCAUCCGUGGCCUGGCCAAGGAGUCCGGUCUGGAGUCUGGUGGGGACAAGUAGAGUUCAGAGGUGGUGAUUGGCUGUGGGAGACGGAGGUGGGCGCAGUAGCUACCCCGGGCUGGUACCUCUCCAUGGCUGCUGCAGAUCGGAGACCUUACCCCACCUGGAAGGCAAGACCCAGGGAUCGGCCUGAGGCCCCAGCAGCCUAGGACAGACUGUGUGAGUGUGUGCGUGUGUGUUUGUGGGAAUGCAUGCAUGAGAAGUGCUUUAGACGGUUGGCAGUCUGUCAGAAGGGUGGCAGAGAUUGUGCCAGGGUCUGACGCCCUCGUUCGGAGGCUUAAGAUCGAAGGUUCGGUUUGUUGCUGGUUCUUGGAAAUCUGUGUUUUCAGCUGACGCAAGUGUUAUUGUUUCCCCAAGGUGGUUUUGCAAGUGUUUCAUCUAAUUUGCAACAGUCAACUUCUUUUCAUUGAAUUAUAGUAAAUUGAUGUUUAAUUCAUUCAAGAAGACAGGUGGAAAUCGCCCAGAGUGCUCCUGCCGCGCAGAGCUUAUUUCUUGUGGUAGUUUUGUGUUUAUUGCAAAAACAAAAACAAACAAAAAAAACAAACAGAAGAAAACGUCAAAUGUGUUUGUGUUGUUCACCGGAUGAGUCAUCGCCUGGUGGUAUUUCUUAGGACUCUGAACUAUCGUCAAAAAAUGGGUGCAUCCAAACAGAGAUCCAGGAGCCUCAUUUAUGGAGAAAAUAUCUGAUGCAACAGCCAGAUGAUUAAAUCUAGAAUCCAAAAACGCAAAAGACAGUAACAACCAAUUACUACAUUUUCCAGCAUUCUGAUUUUGAUUAUUUGCACCUAAACUGAAUACAGAGGAUUUUUAUAAAUUAGGCUCCAGCAGAGGUAGACCCAAAGAAAUGACAAAGAUGCACUUCACAUAAUAUAAAGCUACUCUGUGAUGUGUCAGAUUACUUUUUUUCCUAAUUUUUUUUCAGCAGCAAGGAGCCCUUGCAGAACAGUGCCAAUGAGUAUGUCUGUUGAGCCAUUUUAAUAUUUUGGUCGUCGGCUGAUGAAGCUUUCUCUGGAAAAUCCAUGAGCAAAUACAAAAUAGUCAGAAUGUCACGUACUGCAUGUUAUAUGUUUACUGUUUUUUUUUUUUCACUUAUGUAAAUGUCUUGAAGGUUUGUUUCUACUGUCAGCAUCCAAGCUUCUGUCUGCCUAUAUACUGUAGUGGAGCUGAAUUGUAUUUUUUAGAAAUAAUUCAUUUUCACACUCUUGCAUCUUGUGUUUUUGUCGCCUGAAGUAAUAAGUUCAUUCCACUUGUACUGUGUGUAUUCCUGUCUCUGACUCGGUUGUCCUAAAGAGGCUUAAAAUGACUGUAAAUAUAUUUCUACAUUCCACA